AUGCCCAUCGGCGGUAUACAGGCAAAGGGCUACAAUUGUUCAUCCGCAAGGUUCCCCGACAUCUGGGUCUUGAACCGAAAGGUACUUGAGAGUAGCCAGGGAUCACUCAUCGGUACUUUCGAUAGAGCGCUUCCCAACGCUGGCUUAUCCGCAAUCGAUCCCAAGGCUCUGAAUCGACGCCUAAUCUUCUGGGGAAUCGAAGAUUCAGCAUCUGGAUCUACUAUGACUAUCACGUUCCAUGCAAUCUGUAGCCUCCUGCAAAGCAUCGAAGACAUAACCGCAAAACAGUCGCGAGAACCUUUAAAGCAUGACAAGGACAAAGCUCGGGACAUUAUUGCAAAGUGGUUUCUCGAUCAAAGAGAUGCUCUCGACGACCCAGCGACGAAUGGCGGAGCCGUGCUCUCUGUCCUGUUCCCUCAUCGGAGAAAAGAUCGCGUUUACGGGUUGCAACCGCCCUUGCUCGCCAAGACACUCUCCCAUCUACUUGCCUUUAACCACGGACAGCGUGCCCUCUUCGAUGGCUGGAAGACGGGUACCCAUGGCGACUUGGGUGUAUACAUCGAGCGCGCCAUGAAGCCUUGGGAUGGCACCUUCUCCAGCAAACAGCAUCUCUCCGUCGACCAAGUCGACCGUGUUCUGGUACAAUUGGCGGCCAAAUAUAGAUUUUCCGACGAGCAAAUCCGACAACGGCGCGACUUGGAUUUCAAGAGUGACACGGAGAUGAAACAUAUCUUUGUACGGCUUGAGUCGUGGGAAGCGAAAUGGCUAGUCCGCCUGCUACUGCGAGACUACUGUACGAUCCAGCUGGACGAGCUUUUCGUAAUGCAGCGCUAUCACUUUCUUCUACCGGAGCUACUGAUGUUUCAGAACGACUUUGACGCCGCAUUCGAUAUCCUCAGGGGCGAACUCAGCUGCUACCCUGCAGCACCUGAACCUGCAGAGGCAAAUGCCAUGCGCAUAGAGGCAGCGAAAAAACUCAGGGCCAGGGUGGGUGUCAAGAUGGGGCGGCCAAGCUAUUACAAAGCAUGGUCAUUCCAAAACUGCAUUCAACUUGUCGGUAGCCGUGCAUGGGCCGCCGAAGUCAAAUACGACGGCGAGUACUGUGAAAUUCACGUCGACCUGGAAAAAGGCAAGAAUAGCCUGCGGAUCUUCUCCAAGAACGGAAAAGAUGCAACGGCCGACCGUCACGCUAUCGAUGGCACGAUCCGCAACGCUCUUCGUAUCGGUCAACCCGACGCCCUGUUCAAAAGGAAUUGCAUCGUCCUCGGCGAAAUGGUGGUAUACAGUGACGAAGACAGGAAAAUCUUGCCCUUCUCGAAGAUUCGCAAGCACGUCACGCGCUCAGGGUCCUUCAUAGGCACGAUGCAAGACUCUCGACCGCACAAGUGGGAACACCUCAUGAUCGUCUUCUUCGACGUCUUGACUCUGGACGACGAGCCCAUCCUACGUCACUGCCUGCAGGACCGCCGAAAAAUUCUUCGCAAACUUGUUCGUGUGAUACCCGGUCGGUCGAUGCGCUCAGAGUGGACUCUGUUGGAUUUUAAGACAGGGAGUGGCUUAACAGACCUUAAACAGACUUUUGCCCGGAACCUUGCCGAUCGCCAAGAGGGGCUCGUCCUGAAACCAUUGUAUACGCCUUACCUGCCCCUGUUAACCGGUGACGGGCAUCGUCAAGCAAGUUUUUUCAUCAAACUGAAGAAGGAUUACUUGUGCGACAUGGGCGGCCAACGAGACUUGGGCGACUUUGUCGUUAUUGGUGCCAGCUUUGAUGCUCAGGUUGCGGCAAAAGUCAAUCUCAAACCUCUGCACUGGACAAACUUUCAUCUGGGAUGCUGUAUCAACAAGGAUGAAGUCAUGCGUACAGGCAUACGACCUAGGUUCAAUGUUGUUGCCAGCCUAUGUCUCAACACGAGCAUCCCCAAGUCCGACGCAAGAUACCUGAAUGUGCAAGGGUAUAUUCGUCAGGCCACUUUGCGUGAGGACGGUUGGACGGACGAGUUUGAGAUUUCAAACUUUGGAGAUUGCACACCACGCAUGUCUGUUGCAUUUAGAAAGCCAUUUGUUGCCGAGAUUCUUGGUGGAGGCUUCGAGACGCCGCAAAACGCGUCAUUCGAGAUGCUACGCCAUCCAAGAAUCCGGAAAAUCCACCAUGACCGGACGUGGGAGGACGCAGUCACCAUGCAAGACCUCGAACGCAUGGCUGAGGAGAAAUUUGAAAUACCAGACGCACAGAAUCUCGAUGGACAUGCGAGAGAUAUUGCUUUGUUGGUUAAGAAGUAUGUCCGAGAGAUGAAUGGAUCCCAGGUAACUGCUACCACAGAUGAGACGACGCAGAAGACGACGCAACGUUCGAGUUCUCUUCCCUUACCGGAGACACCACAGAGGAAGGAAGGCAGGUUCCAAGCAUCCAGCGUAUCUGAAGCUCUAUGUUCUAGUGACGAGAAUGAAGACGAGGGCUCAGAAGUGAACAGAUUGAGACCAAAUACGCCCAAACCUACCUCCACAAGUUCCACGAUAUUAGCCCCAUCAACGCCAAUAACAAGAGCAUCCGAGGAUGCUAGUGCCGCUGUAUCCGACUCCAAAGCACCGUCUGUCGUCCCGGCUAAAAUUAAGAGACAGAGCUUCAUCGGAGUCAUUAGUCCGCCCCAAUCUAAGCGAAGGAGAGCUCUUUGUCCACUUCAGGCUCCAAAUGGCGAACGACAACAGGAAAAGUCGACUGAAUCAAGAGAGAGCACUAUCAACAAUUACGCAAACGAGGGGCCAAGCAUUCAGGCGCCUACUCAUCCUGACAAGCACUAG